AAUUAAUUUUUUAAUUAAUUUAUAAUAUUAACCUGCGAAAAGUGUUGACGAAAAUGAUGUUCUUUUGGCAAUCAUGACUUUUAAUUCAUCAUCAUGAUUAUGAACAACAAAGUUGCGUCCUUGUUCCUCUUCUUGUUUUCACGCUUUCGAUUCAUUCAAUGAAACAAAAUUCACCCUUUUCUUCAUCUUGUUCCUCACUUUUAUAUUCACUCUAACCAAAUCAAUCCUUUCAACAUAUACCCACAUUGCAUAAGCCUUCAAGUUUGGGUUUUUCAACAAUUAUGAAUCAAAACCUGUAAUGGGUUUUCUUUACAUUGAUUAGAAACUUGAAGGUGAAUCCAUUAGUUAGAUAAAGUUGGUUCCUUUUUUAGGAUUUUGGUUUGUUGGUUUUGGUACCCCACUUCCAUUGAAGAAAGGGAUAAGGAAUGAAUGAUCCUUGGAUUUGGGGUAUUGAAAAUUACUGUAACAGCUUUUUCUAGUACUUACUACUUAUGAUUCGGAGACUGAGGUGGUUUGUUGGUUUGAAUCAAAAGAAUUGUCCAACCAAAAGGUUGGUCAAUGCUGAUCAACCUGGCCUUGUAAGGCCAAAUCACUUGCCUAUGAUUGAUGCUGUUCAUGAGGUUGCAAUUUAUAUUCAUAGGUUUCAUAAUCUUGACCUUUUUGAACAAGGAUGGUACAAAAUCAAGGUUACCAUGAGAUUGGUGGUUGGUGAAGAUUCUUACCCCGGGAUUCCGGCGAGGGUUGUUCAGUAUGAAGCUCCUGAAGUAGGUUCUGACAAUUUAUGUAGAGUUUGGAUGAUUGAUGACACAGACAACAGUUUUUCAACACCGCCUUUCCAGAUUAAAUAUGCAAGGCAGGAUGUAUUUCUUUCUCUCAUGAUCUCGUUCUACCUAGCUUACGGUGAAUGUGAGGGAGAAUCCUCUUCUGUUAUUUUGAAGUUUGAACUUAUGCAUGCUCCUAUGACUGCAACCGGGUCUGAUUUACAAGAUUCACUGGAUGCAUGUUCUGUUUCAUUUCAUGAAUAUAAAAUCCCCCCUAAAGCUCUUAGGGGAUUGCAUUCAUAUUGUCCUGUUCACUUCGAUGCUUUCCAUUCUGUCGUGGUUGAUACAAGUGUUCACAUCAGUUUACUAAAAGCUAGUUAUCGCACAAUUCCACAGAAGGUACCAAGCGACUGUAGCAAUUAUUCAGAAGGCAGUUAUGCUGAAGAUUAUGUUGGGUCAAACAAGGUGAUGCUCAUAAAAGCAUUGAUGGCUGCACAUGAUAUCCUGCUUGAUGAUCUGAAAAGAAUAAGCACAGGCAUUGGUGAAGCUAUUGAUUUGACUGAAAUUGCGAUUGAAUCAGAUGAUACAAAAUGGUUGGAUUCGACUCUGCCAGCACAUGUGAAAAGUAUUGAUGGUGAACAAUCACUUCAGCUGUCUGAUAGGGCAGGACUCAAUGUUGAGGAUGGUACUCGUUAUAUCAAUUAUCUAACCAAGGAAUCAGUUCAACCUUUUUCUUGGGAUGAUCAUCUGUUAAACUCUUUCCAGUCUCUAGCGAAUCAGGUCUUACGUCUCUGGAACAUAUUUCUGAAAUUCCACAGGGAAAACAAAACAAAAAUACUAGAGUUUCUGCGCAAAUCCUGGGCUAUAGAUCGGAGAACUGAAUGGUCAAUAUGGAUGGUGUACUCAAAGGUUGCGAUGCCUCAUCAAUAUUUGCACAACAGAGUUGAGGGGACACCAUUGCACCAUGGCGUACAUAGAAGUUCGUUAAGUAUGAGGAGGCUGAUUGAUGAUCCCAUUCAAACUGCAAUGAUGCGUGCAGAACUUCAUAGGCGUGGUAUAGCACAAAUGAGGAUCAACAAUCGGUCUCUUCAAGACAUGUAUAUAUUUGGAGAUCCUUUGCUUGUUCCUAUUAUUAUCGUAGAACGCGUGACAAAUGUAUACCGUUCUGCCAGUGUGAAUUCAGACUUCCUUCCUGUGGAGAAUGGUGCAAGACAUAUCCUAGUAACUGGUUCCAGAUCCACAAACAGCAUGUUGUGUGGGAAUAGCAAGAAAAAUGGGCAUGUUUUGAGAGUAGCCGUUUUUGUUCAUGGGUUUCAGGGAAAUCAUUUGGAUUUACGGCUCGUUCGUAACCAAUGGCUUUUAAUAGACCCUGAGACACAGUUUCUAAUGUCAGAGGCAAAUGAAGACAAAACAUCUGGAGACUUUAGAGAAAUGGGAUUUCGGCUUGCUCAGGAAGUGAUCGCUUUCCUAAAAAGGAAAAUGGAUAAAGCUUCAAGAAGAGGAAACUUGAAAGAUAUCAAACUUAGCUUUGUUGGUCAUUCUAUUGGUAAUCUCAUUAUCCGAACAGCCUUGGCAGAGAGCAUGAUGGAGCCAUAUCUAAGAUACUUGUAUACCUAUGUGUCGAUAUCGGGUCCACACUUGGGUUAUAUGUACAGUUCAAACUCUCUAUUCAAUUCAGGGUUGUGGCUAUUGAAGAAGUUUAAGGGCACUCAAUGCAUCCAUCAACUGACUUUUACAGAUGAUCCUGAUCUCGAGAAUACUUUCAUCUACAAUCUUUCCAAGGAGAAGACACUGGAAAAUUUCCGGAAUGUGUUUCUUUUGUCAUCACCUCAGGAUGGUUAUGUUCCAUAUCAUUCUGCUAGAAUAGAACUGUGUCCAGCAGCUUCUUCAGAUUUCUCUAAAAGAGGGAAAAUCUUCCUACAGAUGUUAAAUAAUUGCUUAGACCAAAUCCGAAAUUCCUCUGACCAUCGUGUGAUCAUGCGCUGCGACGUAAACUUCAACGCUUCUUCCUACGGCAGGAACCUAAACACACUUAUCGGACGUGCAGCUCAUAUUGAGUUCUUGGAGUCUGACAUUUUUGCAAAGUUCGUAAUGUGGUCUUUCCCAGAGAUGUUUAGAUAACAAAGCUAACUUCCUUAGAAUUCCAGUAAUAUUGUUGAUUUGAAGAACCAGUGAAGCUAAAGAUAGCACUAUGAACACAAUUCACAAAUGUUCAUAGAUGCCAAAUUGAAGAGACAAAACUACAUGAGUUGGUUUUCUUCCAAUGCAAUCCUAUCAGUGUGAUCAAAAUAGUGGACAUGACCCCUCCAAAAAUGUGCCUACAUUUUUUCUUUCAUUCUGGCAGGGUGAUGGCAUAUGCAGACUAGAAGACAAAUCAUGAGAUCUUUGGAAUUUGUAAAUUACUGUGCUAUAGACUAUAGUAGUUAAGUUUUUCUUUUUAAAGAAAGUCCUUAGUUAUUAUGGAUAGGAAAACAGGUUUUUGGUGAGUAGUGUUUUCUACUUUGCUGUGCUGAAGGACCAGAGCUUUUGGUGAGCAGGGUGUUGCAAAGUUGAAUCUGACACAUGAAUGUAUGUACUUGGUUUCUACUUCUAGCAUGUACAAAGAACAGAGGCAUGAAGUGUACUAUAUCUGUUCCAUGUUUAUUUAUAGAAUAGAAGCUAGGCUUAGGAGCCUAGAGGUAAUGCUGUCCACCAUCAGUUGAUAUAUUCAAAGGAUUUUCUAGGGAACUUCCAUAUAUUUUUUGCUUCAUAUUUAUUUUCUACUGUAGUGUUUUUGUGUCGUUUUA